GAUCUUCCUCUUAAUCCAAGUUUAAUCUCAAAGCACUCACUCUCUCAAACACACACCAAAAUAGAAAGAGAAAACCAUUGAAGAAGAACAAUACUACUAGCUAUUAUUAGUAUUAGAAUUGUUCCAACCAUCCAUCUCUUCAGCCAAAGGUCCCUUAAAAAGUCAAAAUCUUCACCCUUUUCACUCCACUCUAUAUUAACAGCCAAAAUUGAUUAACAUCAGGUACAACAAAUAAAUCCAAUUUGCAAAAAUGAUCUGAUUAUAAGAGACUUUUGGAUUGGUAUUUUCAAGAAUGAUGAACAACAAUAGUAAUAGUAUGAUGUCUCCAUCAUCAGCAUCGAGUAACAACACACAAUCUCCAGGUUUAAAGACUUAUUUCAAAACCCCUGAAGGAAAAUAUAAACUUCAAUAUGAAAAGACUUAUCCUGCUGGUCUUCUUCAUUUUUCACAUGGUAAAACAGUUACUCAGGUAACACUAGCUCAUCUCAAAGAUAAGCCCGUUCAGGCACAGCCUCACUCGACAUCAACUUUUGGAGUCACCAGUGGUGUUAAGUCCGCAGCAGCGAGAUUCUUAGGUGGUGGAAAUGGUAGUAAGUCCCUUAGUUUUGUCGGGGGGAAUGGUGGAAGUAAGUCUGUAAGUGGCAUAGGUGGUAGAGCUGGAUCAUUUGGGGUGACAAGUUCGAAUAACUCUCUCAGUAUUCCCAAUUUCGAUGGCAAAGGGACUUAUUUGAUAUUCAAUGUUGGCGACACAAUUUUUAUUAGUGAUUUGAAUUCUCGAGAUAAGGAUCCUAUAAAGUCAAUACACUUUAGUAAUUCAAAUCCUGUUUGCCAUGCAUUUGAUCCGGAUGCAAAAGAAGGGCAUGAUUUGCUCAUCGGGUUGAGUUCCGGAGACGUUUAUUCGGUGUCUCUACGUCAUCAAAUGCAAGAUGUUGGGAAGAAGCUUGUUGGGGCACAACAUUACAACAAGGAUGGUGCUGUUAACAACAGUCGAUGUACUAGUAUCGCUUGGGUGCCUAACAGUGAUGGGGCUUUUGUUGUUGCUCAUGCGGAUGGAAAUUUUUACGUCUAUGAUAAGAGCAAAGAUGGAUCUGCUGAUCCCUCAUUUCCAGUCAUCAAAGAUCAAACUCAUUUUUCAGUUGCCCAUGCACGUUAUAAUAAGAAUCCUGUAGCUAGAUGGCAUAUUUGCCAAGGGUCCAUCAAUAGCAUUGCUUUCUCAACUGAUGGGACGUAUAUUGCAACUGUAGGGAGGGAUGGUUAUCUGCGUAUAUUUGACUACAAAAAUGAACAGCUUAUAUGUGGUGGAAAAAGUUAUUAUGGUGCUCUGUUGUGUUGUGCUUGGAGCAUGGACGGAAAGUACGUUUUAGCUGGUGGAGAAGAUGACCUAGUUCAGGUUUGGAGCAUGGACGAACGUAAAGUUGUUGCAUGGGGUGAGGGGCAUAACUCCUGGGUCAGUGGUGUGGCAUUUGAUUCAUAUUGGUCAGCACCAAAUUCAGAUGGCACAGAUGAAAAUGUUGUCUACCGUUUCGGUUCUGUUGGUCAGGACACACAAUUGCUCUUAUGGGAUCUGGAAAUGGAUGAAAUUGUAGUACCAAUGCGCCGUCCUCAUGGUGGAUCACCGACUUUCAGCAUCGGGAGUCAAUCAUCUCAUUGGGAUAGGGCUUGCCCUGUCGGUACGCUGCAACCUGCUCCAAGCAUGCGAGAUAUUCCAAAGCUAUCGCCACUGGUCACUCAUCGUGUUCACACCGAACCACUCUCUGGCGUGAUGUUUACUCAUGAAUCAGUCCUUACUAUCUGCCGUGAGGGGCAUAUAAAGGUUUGGGUGAGACCGGAGUUUGGUGAAACUCAAACUAACAACUCGGAGUCGUUACUAAGUCCAACUUUGAAGGAGAAGCCACCAAUAUCAGGAAAGAUUGUUAGUUCCAAGUUACAAGUAAUGACCUAAUAGUUAUCACCUUUUGUGUGUGUUUUUGGGGAGGGGGUUGCAAAACGGCGGAUUCUCUAAAUGGGGCUCCUUUUAAAAAUGUCAGUAACCAUUAUUGACCAACUAAUUGUAUAGCGAACAAUGAAGAUGCUACCGGGAGCAACGCGAGUUUAGUAGAGUGUCCGAGCAUCUUGUAAGUAUGAUAGGCAAAAAUAAUUUGAGGUUGGUUUCUUGAGAUAUGUAAAUCCUAGUUCCCAACCUCUCCCCUCCCUUUGGUUUUUUCCUUUACUCUUCAGCCAAUUUUGCUAAGAAACUGUUGGUUGACAAUUGACUUAUAUCGGAUUACCUCAUCUUACCAACAUUAUGCGGGCGAUCUAUUUAUAUAGAGCUUUUUGUCAUCGA